GGAAAUUAUAGUCUAGUAGACUAGUACAAGACAGCGCGGUGUUGUAACAGCUUCCGCAACGUUCUUUCUGUGUUAUCCUUCUCUUCCUUCAUAACGUUUUGGAACGGUUUGAACCCGGGAACAUCAGCAUCCCCUAAAAUCAAUGAGUAGGCCUACCAUUUGCCAUCGACCCUACUCCAUCCGGCGUUGAUCCUCCUCCUGAUACACACCCACCUGGUCCUCCUCACAACACAAUGACCAAAAUGGUCGCCAAACUCUUUUGGCCAGAAGAGGCACGCUUGAGCGAGCCUGAGAUACUCGCGAAAGUGCAGGCGAUCGCUGAACGUGACUCGCGGGUGAAGGGCCAUGUCCCAGACAUAGUCUGGUUCCAUAGGUUCGAUGAGACAUCCACGGCCCACAUCAGAAAGGCAUUAGGAAUGAAUCACAAUACGCAGGGCAGCUGGGUCUUUUACAUCAUCGUAUUCAGGAAGCUUCAGCCGAUCACAGACCUGAGUGGGCCCGAGUUUCGCGAUGCAUGGUGGCAAAUCAUUAAUUGUCAUCGUACACUCUGGGAAGCUGGUGUCUAUCACCGUGAUAUCAGCCCCAGUAAUCUCAUGUACUAUCGGCUCUCGUGCGGUCGUGUAAUAGGCGUUCUCAACGACUAUGAUUUAUCAUCCAUUCAAGAUGACUGUGCCAGAGGCAAUGAGCGCACAGGAAUGGUACCUUUCAUGGCGAUCGACCUGCUCAAACUAUCGGCCAUCGACGACGCAGUCGAGCACGUGUACCGGCACGAUGCUGAAUCAUUCAUCUGGGUUUUUGUCUGGGUCUGUCUUCGGUAUAAGAAUGGCAAGCUCCGCCGUAAGCCCAGAGGCCGCCUCGACCAGUGGCUCAAAGUAGAUGCGUUUACAUGCUGCGCGCUCAAGAGCCACUUUUUGCUCAUGCUACGUCAUGAAUCCAGCGUACGACCCUCACGAUCACACCUGGACAACUGGGUACUUGCACAGGCUUUACUUACGCCUGUUGCUUCAUAUCAUACUCGUGCUGAUGUCGUCGCACAAGAGAAUGUCUUCGAAACGUGGCUAAAGAAGCCUGUGGAAUUAAUAACUACCAUCUAGACUACGUUGUAACACCAUGUACCAGAGUUCAUAUACAUUUUCAUCAAAGUUUUUCUCUGAACCAUUUUCGCUCC